UGGAACUUGAUUGAAAUUUGGUUCUAGGUACAUGGUCGCUGAUUCCCGCUUCCACUCUAAGGUAGUCUCCAAACUUUCUCUUCGCGGAAUCUCAGAGCUAGGUCUACCGUCUCAGCAGCAGAGGCCUGAAAAACAUCACUUCGUUUUCAACCCAUUGACAACAGCGCUGCUAAGGAGCUGUUCCGCAGCUACAGCCCAUAUCAGCUCUCCGAUCAGUGAUACAAAGCACAGCAAGCGCAAUAAGCAACUUGAGCAGAUAUCCCUUGCACAGUCCGCCUGUGUUAUCACUUCUUGCCAGCUGCUGCCAGACCGGAGCAUUGAUUGGAUUGCUCAUGCUUAUUGAUCUAGUGGAACAGGCACAGCUGAGCUAGUAAGCCCGAAUCCAGUGUUGACACUACAUCCAGCAGGCGGCGCGUGGCUCAUCUGAAUCCAAUGGCGCCCAGUUCAGACAUUACGGUGUACCACGCUCGAAUGACCCGCUCUUCUCGGGUCGUGUUUCUGCUCGAAGAAUUGGGCUUACCUUACAAGGUCGUCAAGAAGCCGUUCCUGCCUUUCGGUCUGAGGGACGACGCCGAGUACGUGGAUUCCAUUCACCCCCUGGGACUGCUUCCGGGUUUCACGGACGGCCCUGAUAUCACCAUCAUUGAGUCAGUGGCCGUCAUGCAAUACCUAGUGGAGCAAUACGACCCAGAACAUAAGCUCUCCCCGCCCAUAAGCGACAAGCACGCGCGCGCGGCGUAUCUCAACUGGCUCGUCUUCGCGGAGGCGACCCUCGCGGCCGCCGUCGGCUACACCGAGAUGCACACACUCGUGCUGCCCGAGGAGCGCCGCAACGCGCGCGCCGCGGAGCAGACAAAGAUUGGCGUGACUCAGGGCCUGGCGAUACUCGAGAAAGCGCUGGCCGGGAAGACGUUCGGGAUCGUAAACGGCUCCUUCACCGCUGCGGACAUCGUGCUGUACCAGACUGUGUAUCUCGCGGACGAGCUGCUCCACAUGGUUUCGCCCGAAGAGUACCCCAACAUUUCCGCCUGGUAUGCGGAGGUGGCUAAGAGGCCUGCGGCGGCAAAGGCUUACAAAGAGUGAACGGUACAAUCCCGGUACAAUGUGUUGGGCUGUACGGUUGUAAGUACGUCAAUUUUGCCGCGGAUGUGAAGCUUUUAGAGUGCGCAAAGUACGACAACGAAGCGGGGCAGUUUUGUUUCCUGGAUGCCCACGACUUGAGGAUUGAUUUAGAUGGCUUUCGAAAGAUAUAAAAGGAAAGGCACAAAAGCGCAAGGCCGUGCAAUUCCGGUUUGCAAUGAUUGGCUAAACGAAGUAAACGACUGACAUUGUUCGAUUUGCGGGAAUGGUACUAGUGACAAACGACGGUCAGGAGAGUUCCAGGAUAGAUGAUCAAAAAAGACGACUCAGCUAAAUAGUAUAGUUCUACAAAGAGAACGGAAUUGCUUGCUUGUAACUUCGUGUAAUCAUUUUAUUUCUACAAAAAUUGCAU